AUGGACACGAGGGACGAAGGAACAAUACGACGCACUCUCGCAGCUCCUCGUGAUGGAGUGAUUAAAGCACUUCGAGAAACACCCUGGGUACAUUUCGUUUGUCAUGGACGUUUAAAUUCAAGACCUUUCAAUUCUUCAUUCAAGCUACCCAACCGCAAGCGAGACAGCGAACACGAUCACGAGCAUGACCGUGAGCAAGACCGUGGGUUAACUCUACUCGAUAUCGUACAAGGCAAUGUUCCGAACGGGGAGUUCGCAUUCCUUUUCGCCUGCCACACUGCCGAGCAACCUCAUGACGGCGUGCUCGAUGAGGUGCUUCACCUGUCCGCAGCAAUGCAGUUUUCUGGAUUUCGGAGUGUGAUUGGAUCGAUGUGGGAGCUACUCGAUAAGGAUGGUCCAUAUUUUGCCAAGACUGUUUAUGAGCACAUGAGGGAGUGCAACGAGGGCGAGAUGAAGUAUACGAGGGCGGCUGCGGGACUUCGCAAAGCAGCAGUUGGACUCAAAGAACGGGACGGCAUUCGCACUGAGAGAUGGUUCAAUUUGGUCCACAUGGGUGCUUGA